UCAAGCCCACCACAUAAAAGGCCCAUCAAAACCCUAGGUAUCUCCAUUACCGUAUCCCCGUGUCGCAUAUUAGGGUUUCAUCGUCUCCAACCCAUUCUCAUCCUCUCUAAGUCCCCUCCACCUCUGCGGCUGCAACCCCCAAAACCCAAAUGGCUUCUGAAAAGAAAUUAGCGAACCCCAUGAGGGAGAUCAAGGUCCAGAAGCUUGUCCUCAACAUCUCAGUCGGUGAGAGCGGAGAUCGUCUUACCAGAGCAGCUAAGGUGCUGGAGCAGCUCAGUGGGCAAUCACCAGUUUUCUCUAAGGCAAGGUACACUGUUAGGUCCUUUGGUAUCAGGAGAAAUGAAAAGAUUGCAUGCUAUGUCACUGUCCGGGGUGAAAAAGCAAUGCAGCUUUUGGAGAGUGGGCUGAAGGUGAAGGAAUAUGAACUGCUAAGAAGAAACUUUAGUGAUACUGGCUGCUUUGGCUUUGGUAUCCAAGAGCAUAUCGAUCUUGGAAUCAAAUAUGAUCCUUCCACUGGUAUUUAUGGAAUGGACUUCUAUGUUGUCUUGGAGCGUCCUGGUUAUCGUGUUUGCCGCCGUCGCCGAUGCAAGUCUCGUCUUGGGAUCCAGCAUAGGGUCACAAAAGAGGAUGCCAUGAAGUGGUUCCAGGUCAAGUAUGAGGGUGUGAUUCUCAACAAGUCACAGAAUAUUACAGGUUAAGAGGCUUGCAGAAUUAUCCAUGUUAGCUGCUGGAUUAAACUACUAGAUGUUCUCUUUUCGUAUCAGUAAUUUUCAAUUUUGAGUUUUGGAUAACUGGAGUUGGUGUUAUCAGAUUUUUGGCUUCUACUGAAAUAUAGUUUUGCAGCAGGACAAUGUUUUGUUCAAUAGCUACCUUGGUUAGACAUGUUCUUUUGGUUUUAAUGCCUAUUUUUAAUCUUUGUUGCCA